AUGCCUGCCAACCCAACCAACUCACCAUUCCACCCGUUCAACUCGGCAGACGCCUGGCACGCAGCCAACAUCAAGCGCCUCGCGAUCGGAUGCGGCCUGGGGGCGAUCAAGGACCAAGAAAUCCCCAGCAUCAACCUGCGGGUGUGCCAGGUUUGUGACCACAUCUUCGAGGCAACCAACCUCCUGACGGCCAGCCUGGACGAGCGCCGCUACACCUGCUGGGCGCCCGAGUGCAUCUCCCGCUUCAGGGACUACUACAUCCAAUGGCCCGAGCUACGCUCGUCCGUGGUGGGCGGCUUCCGCGCCGCCGACGUCAGCCCCAGAGUUGCUGUGUUGGUCAGGCACAAGCACGAGGAGCACCUGGGGCUGGCGGAGGAGCUGGUGAGGAAGUUGGCUGAGGCUGAGGGUGGAGGCGCUGGUGCUGCUGGCUCUGGGCCAAAUGAGCCGCAGCAGAGGGAUGCCGCGACGGUGUUACGGAAUGCCUGGCAGCGUUCCAGGCAGCUGGACCCGGCUAACAAUUGA